ACGGACUGACUCAGGCUUUCCGCGGACUUGCACAGAAAGAGCUUUCCCCUUAGGACGCAGGGAGGCAAGAGCCGCUGUUGCGCCUGUCCCCUAGGGGCUCGACGGUGGCGGGUUCUGCUCGGAGGAGGGGCUGGUCCUGCGGAGAGGAGCUCAGCUCCCGGGGGCGGGACCGAGCCGCUCCCUCCGCCCCACACACCGCCACCACGACCUCAGCAGAGCGCUCGCACGCCACCGCGUCCCACGGCAGAGGCGGCGGCGAGCUCGAGCCGCUUCGCAGCCCCUUGCCGCAGAGAGGCCGGCAGGAGGCACCGCGAGGGACCCGGCCCGGGGGCCGCCCGCAUCCCCUGCGCGCAGCUGAUCUAAAAUGGUGCCAUUUUAUGUAGAAAACCUGAAAGAAUACAAAUGGAAAAAUUGUGCAAGUAGGUCGUCUGGCCUGUUCAUUGAAAACCUCCAGCUUAACACUGGACACCGAGGCAUUAUGCGGGUCAGGAUAUACUGAAAACAACUCAAGAUAAAUCCAGGGAGGCAGGAAACCAUAAAGUCACCAAGACCACAUUCAGGCAAGAAAUACAAAGACAGCACAAGUACCAAUGGUUGAUAUAUUUAUUGGUUGUAUGAUGCAUUUGAAGCCGUCUCAAUACUGUCAGUUCUGAGCCUGCACAUUUGUUUGGACGCCUUCCUCCCAACCUCAGACUGCUUUUCACGGAUACAAUGAAAGGACAGAAAGUUUUACAGCUUCAACCUUCACCUGUCUUUGCAUAACAGCAUAUUUUCAUCAGAAAUUUCACCUGGGCCACAAGCCACCAUGGAUGGGAACCCUGAUGCCCUUGUGGGUCAAAAGAACACAAGCGACAGCAGCAAGGGAGGCGACAGCCCGGGAGCCCAGCAAGGUUCUGUGAUGAAGACAGAUUCAUUGACUAUGACUGACGUGCAAUCUGUGAUCGACAGCUUCGCAGCUUCAGGAAGGGCCGGCCGCCGCAAUGCCUUACCCGACAUUCAGAGUUCAAUGGCAGCUGGUGGAUCCUCAGAGCUUCCCAUCAAGCUGGAGUCAGUGUCCGUGAAGGAAGAUGUAAAACAGAAUGGUGAAGAGAAAGACCAAGACCAACUGGAAAAGCCCCUAAAUGAGGAAAAAUGAAGCCUUAGAAUUUAUCAAGGGUGUUGAUUUUGUGCUCACUGAGAGACAUAAUGACUAUGCAUUCCUGAGGUGUUCGAUUUGGUAGUAACUAUGGCAAUGUGAGUGUUUUUAGGUAAUUGUGUUGUGAUUCUCUGUCCUUAAGCUGCAACCAUGAUGCCCAAAUAAGUUAUUAAAAAGCAUUACUUUCAAAUCGCAACCAAGGCAGGACACACUGUCUAUACACUCAGCGAGAUCUGCUGUCUAUUUUGGGAUUUGCUUAGUCACAUACAUGUUUUAUUCUGUUCUUAUCAAGUUAGGACAUGUUUCUUGAUAUGUAUAAACCAAAACCUACUAACUUAAUACUUUGUAGAAUUUGUAGGAAAUUAUAUUUUUUGGUGAGAUGGAAUUAAUGAUAAAAAUCACACAUAUACAAUGUGUUUAUUUUUAAUCACAGUUACACCCUAUUCCCCCCAAAUAUUAGGAGCGAUCUGGAAAUAUUGUAAAAGUCAUGACAACAUAAACAUCUACAGGAUGUUUUUGUAUAAUGUAUUUUGCAUCUAGUCUGUGUAUACUGUCAUUUUUCAUGUGGACCCACAGAAUGUAAAAUUUGUGACAAAAUUGCUUAUCUGCAACAUGUGUGUUAAAAUAAACUUCACUAUAUUCCUUAA